UUUUGCUCGAUCGUCUGCGAGGAACAGGCGCAGUGUUUCGUGCCUCAGUGGUGGUUUACGCCUCUACCGAAUAUCGCACCCAGCUCCCCCUGUUGGCAGAGUGAACAUGUCACUGCGCGGUCGGCUAGCCGUGGUGACCGGAGGAGCAAGCGGCAUAGGCAAGGCCACUUGCCACGUCCUGGCCGCCCAAGGAGCCAGCGUUGUCGUCGCCGAUCUCAACUUGCGCGCUGCCCAGGCCGUGGCGGCGGAGCUACCUGACACCGCUACCCACAGAGGAGUUUUCGUGGAUGUCGGUGACACAACUUCGGUGGACAAACUGUUUGCCGAGAUCAAGGACACUGAGUCGCUUCCCGUCAGCAUCUUAGUGAACAGCGCUGGCAUUGCCAAGCAUUCGCGACUUGUUGACACGACGGACGAAGAACUCGACCACGUCAUUGGGGUCAACCUGAAGGGUACAUUUGUAGUGUCAAGAGCCGCCGCACGGUCCAUGAUCGCCUCCGGCGUCACCGAUGGAGCCAUCGUGAACCUCUCGAGCAUCGCAGGCGUGACCGGUAUAGCUGGCAUGUCGGCGUACACUGCCUCCAAGGGGGGCGUCGUGGCUUUGACCAAGGCGGUGGCUCAAGAGUUGGCACCGCACGGCAUCCGCUGCAACGUAGUGGUACCGUCGCUGACGGAGACCCCGAUGAUCGGCGCGCUGCCCCAAGAGGCCCAGAGAACGCUAAUCGAGCUCACGCCUUUGCGCAGAGCGGGCAAGCCUGAGGAAGUGGCCGAGGCGAUCCUGUUCCUGUGCUCCCCGAACAGUUCCUUCGUGACCGGAGCUGCGCUUGAUGUCAUGGGUGGAAUCCUGCCAUGAGGUCUCUGCCCGGCUAUGAUGGCA